GCAUACCAGCGCACAGGCCAGCAUGCGUAUGGUGAAACUUCAGUUGCUGAAAACUGCUUUUGAACUUAGACAGUGGCUGAGGCCUGAGUGAUUUUGACAACUGACUGACGGUGUUACUUGACCUGUUUCUAAAAAGCUGCUCUGUUCCUGAAGAAGAAAACUGAAUUUCUAGAUUCUGGUCGUUACUGAAAUACACUAUUGUGAAAGUCUGGUGCGCUGUUACAGGCAAUAUAAAGCAGUCGGCCUUCCAGUUUGCGGCUAAGUGUAGCAAUUGACCUGGCUUAGAUGUAAUUUCAGUUUGUCUUUCUGAGCUCUAACUCAGUGCAAAUUUGCAUAUCUUAAUUAUCAACUAUCUUCCGGAAAUUUUAUGAUCUAUGAGAAAUGAAAGUUGCUAACAUUUUUCCAGAAAUCUACAGCAAAUCUCCUGUGCUGUCUGUAUGGUUUGGCAGAUACUUUGUGCCUGCGGGAGGCCGUGUUUCGCUGCCAAGACAUCAUGCAUUGAGGCAGUGGGGUUUUUUUUCCUCCUUUUAUAUUAAUGUUUCUGAGCCAGUUUUGCAAGAGCUGUGGCCUUUCACAUACUUUCAAGUUUUCAACGUUAAACUAGUUUAAUUUCUUGGCUUGGUGCUGCUGUUUUUAUGAAUCACUAAUCUUGAGUUUAAUUGCUUAUCUCUAACUUGUUGAAUAAUCAUGAGGACCUUUGUCCCACAUUUCUGUUGUUGACACUGGGAGGGGGAAGGGUUUUGGGUUUUUUUUUUCCCCAAGGAAGGUUUUUACUUGAGAUUCUCAUGACUUUAGAGAAAGAUCCUCGUAUAUGUUUCUGCUUUUCAGGGUGGAAUCUCGUGUGUGAUGACGACUGGAAGGGACCCUUCAGUACCUCCCUGUUUUUUGUGGGUGUCCUAUUUGGAUCCUUCAUAUCAGGACAGCUCUCAGACAAGUUUGGCAGGAAGAAUGUUCUGUUUGUAACUAUGGGAAUGCAGACUGGCUUCAGCUUCGUGCAGGUCUUCUGUACCAGUUGGGAGAUGUUUUCAGUGCUCUUUGUGCUGGUCGGCAUGGGACAGAUAUCUAACUACGUGGCAGCGUUUGUUCUUGGCACCGAAAUUCUUGGCAAAUCAGUUCGUAUACUAUUCUGCACAAUAGGCGUUUGCGUAUUUUAUGCAUUUGGCUAUAUGUUGCUGCCGCUGUUUGCUUACUUCCUGAGAGACUGGCGGACGCUGCUUCUCGCUCUUACUUUACCUGGGCUGCUCUGCGUUGCGCUCUGGUGGGUCAUUCCAGAAUCUCCCCGAUGGCUGAUCUCUCAGGGAAGAUUUCAAGAGGCAGAAGCCAUCAUCCGAAAGGCUGCGAAAAUUAAUGGCAUUACAGCCCCAGAUGUAAUACUUGACCCUACUGAGCUGCAAGACUUGAAUUCCCAGAACCAACAAGUAUACACCAUUUUGGAUCUAGUGAAAACCCAAAAUAUCCGAACUAUCACAAUUAUGUCAGUGAUUCUCUGGAUGAUAAUCUCUAUUGGUUAUUUUGGACUUUCACUUGACACACCUAACUUGCAUGGAGACAUCUAUGUAAACUGCUUCCUCUCAGCAGUGAUUGAAGUUCCAGCCUAUAUAAUUUCCUGGCUGCUGCUUCGCAAUUUCCCCCGACGGUAUUCAAUGGCUGCUGCGUUAUUCUUAGGAGGCUGUGUUCUUCUCUUCAUUCAGCUGGUGCCUGCACAUAUUCGUGUCCUAUCUAUUCUCCUGGUGAUGCUAGGGAAAUUUGGGAUCACAUCUGCCUUUUCAAUGGUUUAUGUUUACACGGCUGAGCUCUACCCAACAGUAGUGAGAAACAUGGGAGUCGGAGCAAGCUCCAUGGCCUCCAGGCUAGGCAGUAUCCUCUCACCUUACUUUGUUUACCUUGGUGCCUAUGAUAGAUUUCUGCCUUACAUCCUCAUGGGGAGCCUGACUGUACUAUCAGGAAUUCUCACUUUAUUUCUGCCAGAAAGCUAUGGUAUGCCUCUUCCUGACACAACUGAGCAAAUGCUCACGGUGAAAGGACUAAAAUACAGGCCAUCACCUAAUAGCACAAGAGUUUCAAGGGAUGAAGAAGAACAUCCAGCUAUUUUGAAAAGCACAGCGCUCUGAUGAAACUCCUGUCUACUUCUGGGUGGACUAAAAGUUAAAUGGACUUUUCUUCUAAUAUUCCUUCUGGAAAGGGCUAGUGGCAACACUUUGCUUCCUAUAAUUUUAACUUUAUUUAUUAAUUUACACCCUGUUCCAUACAUUCUCUUUUUAUACGACCGUAAAUACUGUAUAGCCUUCAACGAGAUUUUCAGCCUCAUUUGUUCUAAUGCAUCAGUAACAUAGAACAGUAUCUGAUCAAUCCUUUGUAACUUUAAACAUCUAGUUCAGAUGAAAGAUGCUUGAAAAUGAGUUCAAGGGCUGGCAGAGUACCUGGAUUCCUCAGUAAACCUUCUCCAGAGAUAACGCAUAUCAAGAAUUAAAAUGUGCCAGAAAAAGCUGCUAAUUAAUUUUGAUUCCUUGACUUCUCUCUUUCAGUGCAAGAAAACUUAUUUAUUAGAGUAAAGGUUAUGAAAACAUGCUGCUUGGUAAUCUUACUCAAGUGACUUUGCACAUGCUGAACUUUUUAACCAAUUCAAACAUGAAAAGAAAGAUUCUGAAAGUUAAAUUAAGACUUGAUAUGUUUUAACUCUGAAUGGAUUGAGGAUUGUCUUGCACAAAAUAUUUCUGGCAUUGAAGUUUUGCUAACAAAAUUCCACUUGUUUCCAAUGCUGUUUUUCAAAUAUAACUAUACGAUGAAAUUGUUUACACCUGACACUGGAACGAGACGUACUGGAAGGCCAUAUUUAUUUUAAAUGAUGCAAAAGGUGUCAUCUAUAUGUGGAGGGGAGGAGUUAGUUUGGGGUUCUUGCUGUUUGAUAUGCAUUAGAAGUUUUCUGUCUAAAUUGUUUUUAAAGUCAUUUAUGCAAUUUGAAUGACAGACGCAAACAAGCGUAGAUCUAUUUUUCAGAGUGUUUCUCUUGUCUGUUGUUGUUCUUUCUGUCCUUCUUUCACAUACUUGUGUGCACAACACACACAAUCAAUAUAAUAUUUAGAGCUAAAAUUGUUGUGUUCUGUGCCACUGCAUUGCCUUCAUGUGGAGGAAUUUACUGAGAAUAAUAUUUAGUAUAAACUUCUGGCUGCUGAUUCUCAAGUGUCAAGUGCAUGAUUUUUAUAAGGUUUGUUAUUUCACUUGCAUUGUGAAAUCAGUGGGUUUAAAAAAAAAAAAAAGAAAAAAAAAAAAGAAAAGAAAUCAUGUUGACAAUCUGCCAAGAAAUAAUUCCUUGGGUCACAGAAGCACCCUGGUAGUGCUGGUGUUUCUUUUAAAAAAAAAAAAAAAAA